GGCGGGCCUCUUGGGCCCCGUUCCACCCCCGUCGCUCUCCUCCUCGCCGGGACCCCGCCUUUCUCCGCGCACACCUCCCGCCCUUCGGGCUGCCCUCCCCGCCCGUUGGCUGUCGCGCCGUUCGUCACCCGGGCUAGAGCUAUGCCGGCGCGCGGCGGCCCCCCGUCGGGGCGGGGCCAGGGGCGGUGACGCACGGCGCGGUGACGCAGCGCGGCGGCGGCGGCGGUGGCGGCGGCGGCUGUCGGUGCGGGAGGAGGGAGGGAGCUCGCGGGCAGGAGAGGGGGCGACGGCGGCGGCGGUGGCCUGAGGAGGCCCGAGCGGCGGCGGCGGAGGCGAAGGCCGAGGCGGUGUUUUUGGAAGAGCUGCAGCCUUUGAAGAAACAUCUCCUGAUGAUGAUAUCGCAGACCCCUUCCUACUGGGGAGAUGAGGCAGAAUGGGGCACAGGUUGGCAUUUUCUUGGCUCCUAGGAGGAGUCUGAGACAGGCUGGCGUCUCUGGAAGUCAGGGGGACUUCCCAACCAGAGAGUUUGGGUUUGGAGCAGCCUUCGGGGAGAUUAAGAGGGCAGAGAGUGAUUCACCUCAAAGUAGAGGAGACUGAAGAGGUGUGGCUGGACCAAGACCUCCCCCCAUGUGAGCAGGCUUCCUCCUCCCCCGACAACCGUUGCCACCACGCCCAGAAACGUCCUUAAGCCCUGGCCCUCAGGGGAAAGGUAACAGGAGGCCAGAGCCGGGACGAUGUGACGGCGCUGGCCCUUGCCACCGCCGUCCCCCCACCCUGGCCCCAGGCCUGGCACCAUGAUGUUCCGAGACCAGGUGGGCAUCCUCGCUGGCUGGUUCAAGGGCUGGAAUGAGUGUGAGCAGACAGUGGCCCUGCUGUCACUUCUGAAACGGGUCACCCGUACCCAGGCCCGCUUCCUGCAGCUCUGCCUAGAGCACUCACUGGCGGACUGCAAUGACAUCCACCUGCUGGAGUCGGAGGCCAACAGUGCUGCCAUCGUCAGCCAGUGGCAGCAGGAGUCCAAAGAGAAGGUGGUAUCCCUCCUGCUGACCCACCUUCCCCUGCUUCAGCCAGGCAACACAGAGGCCAAGUCGGAGUACAUGAGGCUGCUGCAGAAAGUGCUGGCCUACUCAAUCGAGAGCAAUGCCUUCAUCGAGGAGAGCCGCCAGCUGCUUUCCUAUGCCCUCAUCCACCCAGCCACCACACUGGAGGACCGCAACGCACUGGCCCUCUGGCUGAGCCACCUGGAAGAGCGGCUGGCUAGUGGCUUCCGCUCCCGGCCAGAGCCCUCCUACCAUUCUCGCCAAGGCUCAGACGAGUGGGGGGGCCCUGCAGAGCUGGGCCCUGGGGAGGCAGGGCCAGGCUGGCAGGACAAACCACCCCGGGAAAAUGGACAUGUGCCCUUCCACCCGUCCAGUUCAGUGCCGCCAGCCAUCAACAGUAUUGGGAGCAACACAAACACAGGUCUCCCCUGCCAAAUCCACCCUAGCCCGCUGAAGCGCUCCAUGUCACUCAUCCCUACAAGCCCCCAGGCCCCUGGUGAGUGGCCGAGUCCAGAGGAGCUUGGGGCCCGGGCUGCUUUUACCACGCCCGAUCACGCACCCCUCUCGCCCCAGAGCAGCGUGGCCUCCUCUGGCAGUGAGCAGACAGAGGAGCAGGGCUCCAGCCGGAACACUUUCCAGGAGGAUGGAAGUGGCAUGAAAGAUGUGCCCUCAUGGCUCAAGAGCCUCCGCUUGCACAAGUAUGCAGCCCUCUUCUCACAGAUGAGCUACGAGGAGAUGAUGACACUGACUGAGCAGCACCUGGAGUCUCAGAACGUCACCAAAGGUGCCCGCCACAAGAUAGCCCUGAGCAUCCAGAAACUACGUGAGAGACAGAGCGUCCUCAAGUCCCUAGAGAAGGAUGUGCUAGAAGGUGGGAACCUACGAAACGCUUUGCAGGAGCUGCAGCAGAUCAUCAUCACUCCUAUCAAGGCCUACAGUGUCCUCCAGGCUACCGUGGCUGCUGCUGCCACCACCCCUACUGCCAAGGAUGGGGCCCCGGGGGAGCCACCGCUGCCAGGUGCUGAGCCUCCUUUAGCCCACCCCGUCACAGACAAGGGCACUGAGGCCAAGGACCCUCCACCUGUGGAGAACUACCCACCUCUACCAGCUCCAGCUCCCACUGAUGGCAGUGAGCCUGCUCCGGCUCCCGUUGCCGACGGAGACAUCCCCAGCCAGUUUACACGGGUGAUGGGCAAAGUGUGCACCCAGCUGCUGGUGUCCCGACCAGACGAAGAGAACAUCACCAGUUACCUCCAGCUCAUCGAAAAGUGCCUGACUCAUGAGGCUUUCACGGAGACGCAGAAGAAACGGCUGCUAUCCUGGAAACAGCAAGUGCUGAAGCUCCUCCGGACAUUCCCGCGCAAAGCCGCACUAGAGAUGCAGAACUACCGGCAGCAGAAAGGCUGGGCUUUCGGCUCCAACUCGCUCCCCAUAGCUGGCUCUGUGGGGAUGGGAGUGGCCCGGCGUACCCAGCGGCAGUUCCCAAUGCCUCCCCGGGCCCUCCCACCUGGCCGGAUGGGCCUCCUGAGCCCCUCAGGCAUUGGGGGCGUCUCCCCUCGACAUGCCCUCACCAGCCCCAGCCUUGGAGGCCAGGGCCGACAGAACCUGUGGUUUGCCAACCCUGGAGGCAGCAACAGCAUGCCCAGUCAGAGCCGCAGCUCUGUGCAGCGCACUCACUCGCUCCCGGUCCACUCGUCACCCCAGGCCAUUCUCAUGUUCCCUCCAGACUGCCCGGUCCCUGGGCCUGACCUGGAGAUCAAUCCCACUCUGGAGUCUCUGUGUCUGAGCAUGACAGAACACGCCUUGGGUGAUGGGACAGACAAAACCUCCACCAUCUGACAGGACCCACAGCCCAGCGCACCCAUAGGCUCCCUGGGCGGCGGGCGGGGGCCAACCCCCAACAGGCUUCUCCGCGACAGCGAGAGGGUGGGCUGGCUCAGCUAUCUAUUCUAAUAUUUUUCUACUCUCUCACCCUUUUAACUUUUGUUUAACAUUGGCACAUGCCUUGCUCACUCCCAGGCCCGUCGAGGGAUCUCUGCUGAGGCCCUGGGAGCUGGGGGCAGUCAGGAUAAAGGGGGCAGGGACUGGCCAGACUGCCUGCCUCUCUCCUUCCCUUCCUCAUCCCCACCUGGCCCCAUCCCACCCCUGCCUCCUCCAGACCGCUGACCACCUGCCUCUCCCCAAGGGAGCAGACUCCCCAGAGACAGACUGACCAACUACCUUGUGGAGCCUGCUCAGAAACAUUUGACAUUUGGGGUGACAGGAGGCAGGCAGAGAACCUGCCCUCCAGAAUGUUAUUGAGAGGAGCUGGGGAGAAGGAAGGGAAGCAAGGAGAGGAAGCCCUCUCUUGUCUCCACCUUCUUCCCCUUCAGCAUUCCCCACAUUCUCCCAGGACAGGAGCCACCUUCCUCUCUCACCUCCCCUGGCCCUGUUCACCAGAGGUUCUCUAUGAUUAAUUUCUUAGGCCUAUUUAAGAUACAUAUUUAUAUAGUUCUUAACGGUUUUUCUCUGAUCAUUCCCUCUCAUUUUUAGAAUCCCCUGGCUUCUCUCUGAGCCAAGACAGUGGCAGGGGGAGCCUGAACUUUAUGAGGGGAGAGGGCAGAGCCCCCUCCUCCAGACCCCCAAGCUCUAACCCGUUUUCCUCCAGCCCUGGCUCCCCAGAUGAAGAGGUUGGAGGUGGGCAGCCAGGGUGGCCAGUGAGGUCAGGAAGUCUGUUGCCUUAACGUCCCCUUCCCCAUGAAUACACACCCUUCUCCACUCCCAGGUCUGGUUGGUGAGACUCAGGAGUCAGGAAUAAGGGAAAGGGGAUUGUUUGGUUUUUGGGUUUCUCCCCAAGCCCCUCCCUUUUCUUUCAGCCUUUCCUCCUCCCGCAUUAUGUCAUGACCUCACUUAAGUGAAACACUAUAUCAUAACCCAGAGAUUCGUCCCAGUCCCAGAGUCUGACAGACCAUCUGGUCCCUAUUCCUAAUGAGGGGUUGUGUUGGGGCCCAGGUGGAGGGAGGGAAUUCAGGGGUUCAGACUGCGGGGAAGCCAGGGUCUCCCUCUUCAAUGCCCUCCUCCCUCUCAACCCACCCUCCCCACUGGGACAUUCUCAAGCUUUUCACACCGAAAAGGAAAAAAAAUGUUAUUUUUAGAUACAUUUUAUGAAUAACUUUUGUUAUGAAUAUGGCUGGUAA